AUUGCUUGAGCGACUCUCAGCGUCUCCUCAGUCCGCCGCUGUUUGGUGCAGGAGAGAAGGAUGUUGGUUGGGGACUGGAUUUUUAGUUAGACGUCAUAAAAAAACAAAAACAACCAACUAAAACAUUUCGAGGUUGCUUUGGUUUGUAACAGGAGAUAAAAAGGAAAACAAUAUUAAACGGCUCCGGUUCGCUCCGCUCAUGAUGUCGUCUUAUUAUCAUCAUCAUCCGGGGAAGGAGGCGGACAUGAUGGCGGAGCCGCUGUGCCUGGAGAGAGAUGUAUGCAGGGUGAUAGAGUUGCUGGACCGCCUGCAGAGGAGCGGCGAGCUGCCUCCCCCCAAACUGCAGGCUCUGCAGAGGGUUCUCCAGAGCAAAUUCUGCGCUGCCAUUAGAGAGGUGUACGAACAGCUGUACGACACGCUGGAUAUCGUGGGCGGACCCGAGGUGCGAGCUCAGGCCACCGCUAAAGCGACAGUGGCGGCGUUCGCGGCGAGUGAAGGCCACGCCCACCCGCGCGUCGUUGAGCUUCCCAAGACGGACGAAGGCCUCGGUUUCAACAUCAUGGGUGGGAAGGAGCAGAACUCGCCCAUCUACAUCUCCAGGGUGAUUCCAGGGGGCGUCGCCGACCGACAGGGCGGAUUGAAGAGGGGCGACCAGCUGCUCUCAGUCAACGGAGUGAGCGUGGAAGGCGAGCACCACGAGAAGGCCGUGGAGCUGCUGAAGGCGGCGCAGGGUUCCGUCAAGCUGGUGGUGCGCUACACCCCGAAAGUCCUCGAGGAGAUGGAGGCCCGGUUCGAGAAGCUGCGCAGCGCUCGACGACGCCAGCAACACACCAGCCAUUCAUCUUUAGAGUCUCGGGGUUAACCAAUCCCAACCGUCGGUUCACCUGUCGACCCCGCCCAUUCCUCCAUCGUCCAACGGGAAGACGGAAGACUUGAGCUGCUGACGAGACGAACGGCGUCUCGCUUUAGAUGUAUGUUAGUGGAACAUUCCUGAAACUGUAGACCUCAAACAUGCUCAUCCUGGGGAGGGGGGAAGGGGCAGGGGGGAGAGACUGAGUUUUGUUUUGUAUUUAUUUUUUAUUUAUUUGAGUUAUUGUGUGUGAGUGAAAGCGUUCAGUAAUAUAAUUAAAGAACCCGAGACCAACUACAGCAAAGCGACCAGAAACGGAAGUGUGCGGUUGUGCUCCUCUAAGGGCUGUGUGCGUGUGUGUGUGUAUAUUUGUGUGUGUGUUGAUGUGUUCCGAGUCUCUGUAUAUGACGUCAUGCUCUGUUACGGGGAUUAUGCUCUUCCACACCUCAGAGAAACCUGUAGAGCUUUUCCUCGCCUCUGCACACCCAAAGAGUUUGUCUUUAAUCCUCUGUCUGGAUGUGUGUGUGUGUGUGUGUGUGUGUGUGUGUGUGUGUGUGUGUAAACAUAUUUAGUGUUUUCGUCUGUGUGGAUUCGAGCUGUUAGUCGUGUCUGUUUACAUCUCCGUGACCUAUUUAUUUAUUUAAUUCAUUCAUCCAUGUCUACAAUAAACUUGUCAAUGCUA